AUGUAUUCCCGGCCAAGUGCUGCCUUUAAACCACCAAGACCACAAUCAAGAUCAGAUGUGGAUGCAACUGCAACUGCAACUACAAGUUCAACUACAACAGCAUCACUGAGUAAUGAGAGUAGGGUUGGAAGCAAAAAUGCUGCUGCCAUCGCGAGCGUACCGUUGAAGGCGCGUCCUAACCUCAAAAGAGUGUACGCUGAUGACGCGUCAGGUUACUCAACCACCACCAACAUCACUGCUGAUACUAAUACAACUCAUAUAAAUAGUACUAAAAGGCCAAAUACCCAUACCUUACUACUGAGUGAUUCCGUUUCACUGUUGAAUGGUUCCUCUUCCCCACUGAAAAAAGUCUCCAACACAAAGUACAUAGUCUUAUGGAGGAGAAAGACAAAUAAGAAAAACAAGAGCUGGGAUGGCGACGGCCAAGCAACGAUCAAAUAUACCCCGGGUAAUGAUGCAUGUGAUAUUGUACUUAAAGGCAGUGACGGAGGUAUUAUGAGUAGAAAGACAUUCAAACCGCCACCAAACUUGACAGAAAUUAUCCCUAUUGGUGGAUUUGAAAUUUCACUUGAUGAAGAGAUAGGAUUGGGAUCUAUCAUACCAAGAGAGGUUAUCACUUCCACUAACAACAAUGGUAACAAUGAUCAAGUACGUUUAAAACCCAUAUCGCUGGUUGCAUCUACUUCUGAGCUUAAACGAGCUCCAACUGGUCUUAGCAAGCGAGCUACAUCUGCUGUUGGUGUUGCUGGUGGUGUCGCUGCUGCUGCUGUUGGUGCUGCUGGUGUUGCUGCUGCUGGUGCUGCUAGCUCUGGUACUCCUAGCUCUGGUACUAUUGCUCCAGUACUGCGGCGAGCUUCUUCUUUACCGAAACAUGCAGAAAAUAAAAGUGCAGACCAAAUGACAAAAGACACGCCAAGCAAUAAUGGCGAAGUAAAAAAAGAGUUACUAGAUGCAAAGUACUUGAUCCAGUGGAGAAAGAAAACAACGAAAAAGAACAAAAGCUGGGAUGGCGAUGGCAGUGCCUUGAUCAAGUUUUCUGGGUUGGGUUGCGAAAUAGUAGUCAAAAACUCUGAUGGUAAGGUCAUGAGUAAAAAAAAAUUUGAUAAACUGCCAGAUUUGAGUGAGGUGAUUCCAAUUGGAGUUUUUGAAAUCUUUUUAGAUGAAAAGAUUGCAGAACUGGAGAAUAACAUCGCGGAGACAAGUGAGGUGCAAGCAAUUGAUGCCCCAUCAGAAUUAUCUACUCAUGAACAAAACCCUAUUCUUUCCACUCUUCCAGGUGCACCUCCACCUCCUCCUCCUCCUCCUCCUUCUACAUCUACGCGUGCUUCUGCAUCUGCUUCAUCAACGGUGUUGCACAAGAGUUUUAAAAAAGUAAUUCCAAAGGACCACGAGCAAGUACAAGAAAAGAGGAAUGCGCUUUAUGAAGAAAAGGCUGAUGAAGUACAAAUGACACCACCGCCAGAGGAACCAGAUCCUGUUAAAGUGAGUAUAGACCCGCAUUUAGCCUCCAAAUUGAGACCGCAUCAAAUAGAAGGUGUCACAUUCAUGUAUGAAUGUGUUAUGGGGUUUAGAGAUUUUGUUGGGAAUGGAUGCUUGUUGGCUGAUGAAAUGGGGCUUGGCAAAACACUCAUGACCAUCACCACUAUAUGGACUUUGCUCAAACAAAAUCCAUUUCCUGAUCAAAAAAAGCCAAUCGUCAAUAAGGUAUUGAUUGUUUGUCCUGUGACAUUGAUCAAUAACUGGAAGGCAGAGUUCAAGAAAUGGCUUGGUACGAACAAACUAAACGUGUUGACGCUAAACAAUCCAAUGUCUGAUGACAAAAGAGACAUUGUCAACUUUGGAAGGUUAAAUGUCUACCAAGUAUUAAUAAUCAACUAUGAGAAAGUUCUUGCUCAUUUGGAGGAAUUGCAAACUGUUAAUUUUGAUCUUUUGGUAUGCGAUGAAGGUCAUAGACUCAAGAACAGCUCCAAUAAGGUGCUCAUCAAUUUGCACAAACUACUGAUACCAAAGAGAAUUGUUUUAACCGGUACACCGAUUCAAAACUAUUUGGUUGAGUUUCAUACAUUAAUAUCCUUCAUAAAUCCAGCUGUUUUGCCGGACAUGAAAACCUUCCAACGAAAAUUUAUCAAUCCCAUAACGCAAGCUAGAGAUGUCAAUUGUUUUAACCCAGAAGUAAAAAGGAAAGGUGAAGAAUUAUCCAAAGAGUUGAUUAGAUUAACUCACAAGUUCAUAUUACGAAGAACACAGGACUUGCUCGAGGGGUACUUGACACCAAAAACAGAUAUUCUUCUUUUCGUACCUCCUACUCAGCUUCAAAUUGAUAUUUUCCAACUGAUUAGAAGUUCCGAGAAAUUCAAGUAUCUCGAACCGGGACUGACCUCGCUAGCAUUGAUUAAUGUGUUUCGUAAAAUAUGCAACUCGCCAUCAUUAUUAGCAACAGAUGAAUUUUACCAAAAAAUUGCAACAAAUACUUUCAAGCUAUCUACAAGCUCCGGCAAAAUACACGUACUUAUACCGUUGUUAUUGGAGAUUACAGAAUGCAAAGAGAGAACGGUUCUCAUUUCAAACUACACCAAAACACUCGAUUUGUUGGAACAUGUGUUGAGGAAGCUUAAUCUCCGCUACACGCGCCUAGACGGGUCAACGCCAAACAAUAUGCGGAACAAGCUAGUAAAUGAGUUUAACAGAAAUGAAGAAAUUCAUGUUUUCCUCCUCUCUUCCAAGUCUGGUGGUAUGGGUAUAAAUUUAGUCGGUGCAUCGCGACUCAUUCUUUUCGACAACGAUUGGAAUCCAUCUACUGAUCUUCAGUCGUUAUCGCGAAUUCAUAGGGAUGGACAAACCAAACCAUGUUUCAUUUACAGGUUGUUCACUGCUGGGUGUAUAGAUGAAAAGAUUUUUCAGCGUCAAUUGAUGAAGAGCAAACUUUCAUCCAAGUUUCUUGAUAAUGAUAAUGCGUCGAAAACAGAUGUAUUUGAACAAGAGGAUUUAAAAAAUUUGUUUGAAGUGAAUGUGGGGUCUAAAUCAAAUACACAUGAGCUACUAGGCUGUUCGUGCGCUGGUGACGGAUCGCUUUUGACGCAAGAAAUUUUUACAGAUGACGAAAUUGAUGCAGAUGAUGAUGCUAAAAUUGAAGAUGAGGACUACAGUGAUAACGACGUGUCUGAAGUUCAAGUACAGGCUUCUCAAAGGUGGAUGUCUGCGGCAGAAUUGCAAAAAAAUAUGGACCGAAAUGGCGCCGAUGUGAUGGAGAAAAGAGCUGUUAAGGAUGCCCUUAAUGACUAUCAUCAUUAUGAUCCCGAGAUAUCUCACGAUCUUGCAUUUGACCCAGUGUUGUUGCAGAUUGCAAAGAAUAGCGUGACACAAGGUAGAUUGCCAUUUUCAUUUAUCAUGAUGAAGCAAUCAGCAGGUAGAGACGAUAAAAAGUAG